AUGUCGGUCAAGUUUGAGCAAGAGAAGAUCUCCACGACGAGCGGCGUGCAAGGCGGAAAGCAUGAGGGUCUCGGGCACAGAAUCGGCGAGCGCUUGACGGGAGGACAACAGACGACCGGUUAUCUUGCUGCAUACCUCAAACAGCUUCAGUCGAACCCACUGCGGACGAAGAUGCUGACAUCCGGCACGUUGUCCGCGCUGCAAGAGCUGCUUGCAUCGUGGCUCGCCCAUGACCGCAGCAGACACGGUCACUACUUCAGCUCCAGAAUCCCCAAGAUGGCUGCGUACGGCGCCUUCAUCAGCGCGCCCAUGGGCCAUUUCCUGAUUGGAUUUCUGCAAUGGGUCUUUGCUGGCCGAACCAGCUUGAAAGCGAAGAUUCUCCAGAUCCUCGCGAGCAACUUGGUGGUCGCUCCAAUCCAGAACACCGUCUAUCUGGCCUCGAUGGCCGUCAUCGCCGGUGCUCGCACCUGGCACCAAGUCCGUGCCACUGUCCGUGCAGGCUUCAUGCCCGUCAUGAAAGUUAGCUGGAUCACCUCUCCACUGGCUUUGGCAUUCGCCCAGAAGUUCCUCCCGGAGCACACCUGGGUUCCAUUCUUCAACAUCGUUGCCUUUUGCAUCGGCACCUACAUCAACACUCACACCAAGAAGAAGAGGAUUGAAGCGUUGAGGAAGAAGCACUACGGCGAUGGACGAAGCUCUACUGGAGAACGAUACUAA